AUGCUCAUAAUCGGCCUAACCGGCUCCAUCGCAACCGGCAAAUCCACCGUCUCCUCCCUCCUCUCCUCCCCGCCCUACUCCCUCACCAUCAUCGACGCCGACCAACUCGCCCGCAAGGUCGUCGAACCAGGAACCCCCGGCUACACCGCGAUCGUAAAUUACUUCGGCCCCAGCACACCAGACCUCCUCCUCCCCGCCGAACCAUCAGAUUCACAAACGCAAGAUGCGCCGCCCAAGCCACGCCCACUGAAUAGACCCGCACUAGGCCGGCGCGUCUUCGGCACCUCCGAAGAGCGAAAACGCGACCGCAUGAUCCUCAACAAAAUCGUUCACCCCGCCGUCCGAUGGGAAGUCUACAAGAGCCUACUGUACUACUACCUCCACGGCCACUGGGCCGUCGUGCUCGAUGUACCGCUCCUCUUCGAAUCCGGGAUGGAUCUGAUUUGCGGCACCGUGGUUGUUGUCGGCGUCAGUGACCCAGCUGUACAAAUGUCGCGGCUACGCGCGCGCGACGCACACCUCUCCACCGAGGACGCAGAGAACCGGGUCAAGAGCCAAGGCGACGUCAAGGGGAAGGUGGAGAAGGCGGAGUUCCGGGGGAAGGAGAGUGCGCGCGGAGUUAUUGUCUGGAACGAUGGGGACAAGGAGGAGCUCGAGCGGGAGGUGAGGAAGGCUGUCUCUACGAUUCAGGGGAGAAGCCCGCGGUGGUGGGCUUGGUGGUUGCUGUUGGCGCCGCCGCUGGGCGUCGGUGUUGCGGCGUGGAAUCUGGCGGUUAAUUAUGGGAUUCGGAGGAAGUGGGAGAGAAAGGAGAAGGCGAAUUUGUGA